UUUUUAGGGUUCAGUGUGAGUAGUUGACAGCUGAAAAUAAAAACAGAGUGGAGCAACAGGCGGCCUUCUGCACAAAACUCUCUGAAUAAUAAGUUGUCUGGGAUUUCUGGUGAUUCAGAAACGAUAGUAAUAGUUGCAAUGACAACAUUAUCACGUAAAACUGAGAUUCGACACCUUCCACCUGCCGAAAUCUUCAAAAUCGCCCAGCAACUUGAUUCUUCACAGAACUGGAAGAAGCUCAUGAGGAUUAUACCCAAAAAGCUGGAGGAAGAGGUUGAAAUUGAGGAGUUUGGUGGGAAAUACAAUGCUGAGCAUAUUAAGAUCAUCGAGAACAACAAGGGAAGUCGUCUGGCAGCUGAGAUUCUCAUGGAUGAAUGGGGAACUUCUGGACGGAUUCGACCCAACUUAGCGCAUUUGCUGCAAUUGCUCGUGAAGGCAGAGCUCUUCCGAGCAGCAGAUUAUGUAGCUGAUUUACUCAAUGAGGCUCUGCCGAAACGUCCGGAAAAGGGUCCAGCAGCCAGGAUAGAUAUUUCUCUGCCUCCUGACGAGGAGAUAGCAGAAAUUGGAGGGAUUCUCAGUGACAUGGACUAUCCCAAUUCCUCAAACAUCAACAAUAUUCCGAGUAAUUUAGAGAACAACAUGGAUUUCUAUGACAAGUGGACACCGAAUGAUCAACGAAAGAUUCACGUUCUGGACUCCAACAAUGGCACGCCUGAGAACCUCAUACAGUUCUCAAUGUCUAGCAUGUCGGGCACGCAGGACUCAAACUUCUCGCUACACUCCGACAUAAUGGGAAACGAUGGAAUCAUCUUGGUCGGGGGAGAAGAAGGACCUAGCAAUGCCUCUCGGAAUAUUCCCAGCAGUAUCGACACUCUCUCCACAGACAUUCCGGACACCGUGACUAGUCAAUCGGCAGAGAGUGUCACGGAGGCGCCUUACGAGAUGGAAAGUGCCAUGAUUCCAGACGUGAGCCUCUUGCGAGUACACAGGGCGAAUCCUUCGCAGGACUCUUGUGAUAACAUACCACACUUUAGCCUGCUAAUGUCCCCAGCGGCACCUCAAAUGACAGAGGAGAUGAAAUCGAACAUCAGCACAGAUUCGGAGUCUUCGCAGUCGAGGAGCGAAAUCAUCUCUGAUAAUAGUAUUCCCAACUUGCCGAUGCUUCAAGGCAAAUGAAGCAAGUAAAUUAAUUCUUUUUUGAUAAGGUGCUCGAAAUGAAACGUUCAUCGCCAACGAAGAUAAAUUUAAUUUAGAUUAAAAUGUGGUCAAAGUUGUGAAUUGAUUGAAUCAAUAGCAAUUAAUAUAACUUUGUAUAUAUCACUUAAUGUAUGUGCAAUAUUCAGUUAUUUCUUUUAUUUUGUUAAUGUUUAUGUAUGCUAAAAUUCCAUCCAAAAUCGGCAAUUUUUUUUACCUCCUAAUUCCAUAAAUAAACAAUCUUCGCGGUAUAUAAUUUUUCAAGCAGGACAAGUUUUUACAUAUCGUGUACAUCUUUAUCAACAAUUGCGAAUAAAAAGCUUAUUUGUACAAGUCAAAAAGUGGAAUUUCAACAUUUUUUCUUCUACUUUCGCGAAACACACUUUUUUCUCUUAAUCUCUUGCUUCAACAUGGCCAAGUUAAAAUUUUCUUAACUAAUAGAGAUAAUAAAAUAAUGUGGGAUUGGUAGAAGUUUUUUUUUCUCUCGUCCAGACAGGAGCCAGUCAAGUCUUUCUGAAGGACAUUUGAAAAAUUAAUGAUUGGGAUGUUUAUCAGACCCAAAUUUUGAGAUUUCCUCUUCAUACAUUCAAUUUAUGACUGUGUAAAAUCUUCUUCUGGAAACGGAAUUUGGAAGUGUGACCUACUUUUCUGCAUAGGAAAAUAUUUUUAUAUACUAUUUUUCGUCUCUUCUUCUCCGCUAACUCUGCUUCGUUUCUUAUCUGAAUUUCCUAUAUUUUGAAGUUUUAAAGAGUGUAAUUUUUAUUGAGAAGUUCGAAUGAGGAUUAAUCACUUGUGUGGUAACGAGUAUUAAUCCUUUUAUUGCUCUCAAUAUUAAUUCCAUUCUUGUCUACUAGGAUUGAUAAAGAAGAGCUUAUGUAAAUAUCGACUAACAUUAUGUGAUAAUUUAUUAGGAAUUUCUUCGUCUCUGUAUGAAUUGAUAAAGCUACAUAUAGGUAUAUAAUUGUUUUUGUUUCCACCACUACUGUGAAUAACAAUCUCAAAUUUGACGCCUUUAUCAGAAGAGCA